CUUUAAAAAAAAGAUUACGUUUGACAUUGACAUAUCUUAUGACAGAUUCCAAUAAAAUUGUAAAAUCAUAACAAACAGAGAUUUUUGCUUUAUAUUCUUCGAAAUUUGUUCGAUGUAGAUUAUCAACAAUCUUUUAUUAAUAUAAAAUGGAUAAAUAUGAUACGUCUCAACUAACAGAGUUUCCAAGAUACGAGCCUGAAUCCACACAAAGCGGUGUUUCAACAUUUUUCAACAAACUAUGGAAGUUACCUUUAUUUUCACCCAGUGAAGGCUCCGAAAAUAUUCAAGACAAAAAUCAAAUAAUUGCAAAACAAAAUGCUGAAAUGUGUGACGAACAAGGAAAACAAAUAUUUGAUGAUUCUAAAACUGAAACGGGAUCUUAUGCGGUGGAGUUAGAAGGCCGCAGUUUGUCAAACGUUCUGACACGUAUCAGCAGUCUUAUAGCGCUAGGAUCUGGGGGUCAAGGGACCAGAUAUGCUGACACAGAACUGGCUCGUUACUGGAUGCCUGAUGACAUUUCCCGUGAGUGUUAUGAAUGUGCGCUGAGAUUCAGCACUCUUCGUCGCAGACAUCACUGUCGUGUGUGCGGCCAGAUAUUUUGCUCAAGGUGUUGCAGUCAAAGAGUUCCUGGGCAAAUAUUUGGUUGCGCCGGGGGACUAAGAGUAUGCAAUUAUUGUUGUAAUGUAGUUCUCAGUUACUUAAAAGAAAAUGACUUGACCGGUGAGAUAUCACCUGAUCUGAGAACUCUACAAGAAAAUUUGCAGGUGAAGUUUCCCGACAACAGGAGUGGUAGCAUAAAGUCACGUGACAACUUUAUGUUCGCGAGCGAGCACGAGGAGAGGACUGAGGCCCGGCCCACGCCCACUGAGGCAUUGCACGAUCUGUACCGGCAACUAGUAACCGCGUUGCCUCAACAACAGCAUAGAUUCCAAGCGAGCCAAGUAUGCCAGAAUCUGCUCAGCUCCGAGUACAUGGAGUGUGUGAGCGAGUUGUUACAGUUUGCAGACUAUGCACUGUACCGCCCCACUACGUUACCUGCCCCCGCACAAGAUGAACCUAACACACCUGAAGAGGGAGGCAGGUUACUUGAGAGCGUCUCCUCAUAUUGCCUCGACUUAAACCUCGGGAAUAGUUCAGCGAGACUAAUAAAAGCCCCCAAAAAAGAGGCUAAAUCGUCUCCAACGAGUGAUGGUGAUCCCAAUCCAGUUUUAGAACAGAGUGAAGGUUAUCCGGGACCGAAGAACGUGUGCAAGGCGAUAGUGGAGGCCGGCGAGGACCAUCUGAGGCUCCUGCUGCGUCAGUGCCUCGCGCGGGAGUCGUUGUCCGCCUCGUGGCUGCCCGUACUCUACUCACUGUGCCAGCAGGCCGCUGAUAUCAUCAUGCCCGAUAUGUUUAGCAGUGACAUCGACGUACGAAACUAUGUCCAAGUGAAGAAAGUUCCCGGCGGCAACAUCAACGACAGUUGCGUGGUACAGGGCGUUGUCCUCACCAAAAACGUCGCUCACAGGGGAAUGCCGCAACAAAUCGACAACCCUACAAUUUUACUACUGGAUUGUUCCAUCGCAUACCAACGAGUAGAAGGAAAAUUGACGUCUUUAGAACCGGUAUUGCUGCAGGAGGAGCAGUAUCUAGCGCGCAUGGCGGCGCGCGUGUGUGCGCUGGGCGCGCGCGUGGUGGUGGUGGGGGGUGGGGUGGCGCGCGCGGUGCAGGACGCGCUGCGGGCGGCGCGUGUGGCGCUGGUGACGCGCGUGCGCCCGCCCGCCCUCGCGCGCGCCGCCCGCUGUACUCGUGCGCAUCUGCUCACCUCUAUCGACGCACGCAUCGGCACGCCCACGCUCGGCACCGCUGAAAAAUUCUACGUUCAGAACUACGGAAACAAAACUCUAAUGGUACUGGAAGGUUGCGCUGAAUCAAAUCUAGGUUGCUGCAUCUUACUACGCGGGGCAACCCUACAGGAACUCGUGAGAGUAAAGAAAGUUGUCAAAUUCAUGCUCUUAGCGUGCUAUAACUGGAAACUAGAGAAAGCAUUCCUAGGUGAUAUAGAAGCUGUCCUACCAGAAUCCGGAAUGACGUUCGACGACUUCUCUGAUGUGAAAAAAGAGGAUGUGGCUACAGAAGACUUUCCAAACGACAAAGAAGAUUCCGGUGGAAAUGAUACAGCAUUGAGUAAUGACGCUUGGGAGAAUACUAUAGCGAAUUGCAGUAACAAAGAUCCUAAACCGGAUGCUUCUAAUUCUAUAGAUGCUAAGGAUGUCAAAAAAACAAACAAGAAAACUCAGGAAUCUGAUGACCCGUUACAGAGAACUAAAGUGUUUAGGAAGACUGAUAGUGAUAAGAAUUUUAGUUGCGGUGUUCCUAUAAGAGACUUCAGUGAUCCUUUGCGUGCCACUCUAGAUGAUGACGUGUUCUUGCCGAAGGAGGAGGAAAAGUUAAGAGCUGAUAAUCAUACAGAAAGGUGGUCUACAGACGACGUGGUGCUAUCAAUGUCGCCAAAUACUAUUAUCCCCGCGCCGUAUUUAGAAACCGAAGCGGGCCGAAAAUGCCCCCUGAGGGAACACUUUCCGCGGCCUCUAUUGAGAGUGCCGACGAAAGCUCCUCACACACCAAGACCACAACACAGGAAGAUUAGUACUAAACCGCAACAAAAUGAUAUCGUAUUGAAGGUGUCCAUGGGCGACGGUAAUCACUUACCAUCAGGUGAUCCGUAUACUCGUCUGCCCCCUAUCUCAUAAAAAAAAACAAUAUGGCGGAUGAUAGAUGACUUACCCCCAGUUUCAAUAACCAAAAAACUAUCUAUUUUUGCUACCAUCCGUAGCAUUUCCUACCGAUGGUAGCAAAAAAAGUGUCUCAAUAACAUACCAUUGGUAGGUAAAGCUACCGACGGUGUGCUACUAACGGAUUGAUCUGAUACUGUUGGCAAAUUCAGUUUUAUUGGAAUCAGGUUUUCCAUAAUUA